AUGUCUGCCCGCAACAACCCGGCAAAUGAAAUCCCACAUCUACCAGUCCAAGAGGGAGGACAAUUCCAAAGCUACAAAGAGAUCGACGGCCAUGGCUUUAGCUGGCGCAUCUGGGCUGUUGCAGGUUUUGGAUUCUUCGCUGAUUCCUACUGCCUCUUCUCAAUACAAACAGUGCUUCCCUGGAUAGCUUUCAUCUAUCAGAGCAACGGGGUCUUCAGCAACCGCGAUGAAUUGACGGUUCAUACGGUUCUACUAAUUGGCACUAUAUUUGGCCAGCUACUCUUUGGCAUUUUGGCUGAUAGUUCUGGCCGAUUGGAGGCAUAUAGUUGGGAUUUCAUGCUGGUCAUUUCCGCGCCACUUCUUCUGGCUCAGAGCUCAACAGGUGCCGCUAAUUCCAUGUCAAUCACGGGCUGGAUCUGUUUCUGGUCCUUCUUCGUUGGAGUAGGGACGGGCGCUGGCCGACCAAAUGCGUUGACCUUCAUCAUUUCUGCGGAAAUCUUCCCUACGCGCCAUCGAAGCACCUGCUACAGCAUUUCUGCCUCAUUCGGCACAUUCGGCACCCUUAUCAUUCACAUAGUCACAUCUUAUACCAGCAUUGGCAACCUAAGCACCUUGAGCUUACGCGUGAUGCUGAUUGUCUUCUCUGCUUUCAUGUUCUGCGGUGCUAUAAUUGCCUGGGCGUGGAUCCCUGAGGUGCAAGAGCUAAGAAGGGGGAGGCGCCUAAGGUUGUCGAGCAAGACGCUCGAGGUUUUGACGGAGAGAAUCGAUGCAGAGAGGGCGAAGGUUAGAUUGAGGCGGAAGGGGAAUUAA